AUGGCGAAAGGCCAUGGCGAGUACCGUGAGAUCACCCAGGACGAGUUUCUUAAAGAAGUCACUGGCAGUCCUUUGGUGGCUGUACACUUCUACCAUCGCGACUUUGAGCGCUGCAAGAUCAUGGACAUGCAUCUGGCCAAGCUGGCGCGACGUCACAUUGAGUGCAAGUUCCUCAAACUGAACGCUGAGAAGGCCCCAUUUUUUGUCGAAAAACUGGUGAUUCGAGUCUUGCCCACAGUCGUGUGUUUCAAAAAUGGCGUUGCACUCCCCGAACGAGUUAUUGGAUUCGAUGGAUUGACAGAGAACGAUGAAGAAGCCGAACUCGCAAACUUUGGGAGCCGCGCCAACCACCACGCAGCGUCCAGCGACAACUUUCCCACCGCAGCCGUAAGUAAUACGGUUUUUGUCAUUUUAUCCUGCACUUCUUCUUGUUUGACUCUUUUGUUGUUGCUUUGA